AUGGAACAUUCUAGAUCCUGAGGAAUAUUCCUGUUAUGAUUUCUGUCAUGAUUUGUCGAUUUAUUUGAACCCAUGGGAGAGACCUGCAGUGGAGAACCCUGAAACCAGGAGUAGAGAACAGAGAGGAUUUAUAGGUUAUUAUCCUACACCAGAGGAUUCUAGUUUUAUGUGUGAUAUUUGAGUCUGUUUAAAAGCUAUAACCGCAUGGCUGAGAAAAAAGAGAACGUCUCCAAGUUUGAGAUGUUGAAACUCCUGGAGAAAUGCAGGAAGGAGAGAGACGAUGCGACGCACGGGGAGAGUAUUAUGAGGGAGAAGCUGAGACAGUACGAGUCCAGGAUGAGGUCAACGGAGGUGCUGAAACAGAAAGUCAAGACCAUGACUUCGGAGAACAAGGAGCUGCGCAAGCAUGUCAAGACUCUCCGUCAAGAGAUAGGCCUGGAGGCGAGCCCCAAGUUCAACGGCAAGACCACCAAGGACAUCAUCUCUGACAUGCAGGAGAAGGAGCGUCAGUGCAGUUCCCUGGUGGAGAAAACAAGUAGACUCAGUUUGACCAUUGAUGAUCUGACGUCAGAACUGGCAAAUGCUGUCACGUCCAAAACUCUUCUGGAAUAUCAGGUGCAGUCGUUACAGCAGAACCUGAAGGACAUGACGAAUAACCAACGGCGUUUGUUGAAACUCUGGGAGGAUAAGAGAUCUCAGAGAGAGCAGCUCACUCUCCCUGCGAUAGGACUAGCCCAGAGGCCCGGAGAGAAACCUGUGUCUCACAAGGGAGCACAAACGGAGAUGUCUAUCAAUUCAGCCCAGAAACUACCACCCAACGCGUUUGAGACCAAACCUUCUCCUUCACCACGGUCACGACACCACAAGACAAGGUCUUCUAUAGAUAAACAAGGGGGUUUAACAACACUGGGAAAUGGUCAUCAGCUGGGGAACGGGAAUCACCAGCUGGGGAACGGAAACCAUCAUACAUUGGGAAAUGGCCUCCAGCAGGGAAAUGGUCAUCAGCUGGGGAACGGGAAUCACCAGCUGGGGAACGGCAACCAUCAUACAUUGGGAAAUGGCCUCCAGCAGGGAAAUGGGAAUCAUCAACGUGAAAAGGAGGAUUUAUUUCACUAUGAAACCAAUGAACACUUACUGUAA